AUGCCCACGCCAAAACACCUUCAGCACCAGCACCGGCACCAGCACAGCAGGACCAACAAGCACAGCUCUGAGUUCAGGGGCAAUACAUGGGCGACACAAUCAAAAGCGGCCUCGACACAUACUUUCGCGCAACCUACCAUCAAGCCUUCUUCUGCCCACAUAAGUAUGGCGACAAUGACAGCCGCGACGGUGCAUUCCCCUUCGUUUCGAGACUCGUCGACUUCCCAUACGCUCUCCCAACCGGCUGACUUCGAGGGCGAAGUCAAUACGAACAACGAUAUUCCGUCUCAAGCAGUGCUCAAGAGCGUAGAGAACGUGUCGAUUUUAGAUCAGGAGGGGAGGUCGAUACCGUUCAAGAAUCUGUAUAGCGGGCCGAAUGUUGCGAGGAGGGUAAUGGUUAUAUUUAUAAGACAUUUCUACUGUGGCAACUGUCAAGAGUAUAUUCGCGCCCUCACCUCCUCUAUCACCCCAUCCAGUCUCCUUUCCCUCCCUAUCCCAACCUUCAUCGCGAUCGUGGGCUGCGGCGCACCCUCUCUCAUCCCCAUGUACCAAGAGGCAACCUCCUGCCCGUUCCCCAUCUACGCAGACCCUACCAAGAAGCUCUACUCGGCCCUCGGCAUGCUGCGCACACUCAACAUGGGUACCCGACCCGAAUACCAACGCAAAGACCAGUUGAGCAUGGUGUUCGAGAGUGUCGUGCAGGCUAUGAAGAAGAUCAAAGACGGACAGGCGCUAAAGGGGGGGGAUAUGCACCAAGUUGGGGGCGAGUUCCUGUUCGAGCCCGUGGACAUGAAUUCGCCUCUAAACACGCCCGAACCGGAAGCGGAUUCGGGGGACAAGCAGCUGGGCGAUGGUGCGAAGGCGCAGCAGCAGGAGGGCGGGUGGAGUGAAGAGAAGAGGAUUACGUGGUGUCACCGUAUGAAGAACACGAGAGAUCACGCCGAGAUCCCGGAGCUGAGAGAGGCCUUGGGCCUGAGCGGCGAGGGCGCGAAGGGCAAGAAUGAGAAGCGGUGGUCGAAAGCCUUGGUUGAGCGGAAGGGCACGGGACUGAAUACUGUCAAGGGCACUGUGGAUAGCCCGGACGAGGCCUUUCGGAAGAAGGUCAGGGAACUGGAUGAGGGGGUUGGUAUCAGUGCGCAGGAGAACCAUGUGCGCUGA